CACAAGAUGGAGCCGUUUAACAAACACCUCCAUCUCCAUCUCCAUCACAUUCCUGCAUAAAAGUCCUUUCCUCUUCUUAAUCACACUCACAUGAAUCACAAACCCAAACAUUUCUUUUAGAUUUGUUUUCUUUUUUUAUACCGUGAUUGAAAGUCGCUUUUCAAUUUCUUGUUUAUCGGUAUAUCAAGUUAUAUAUGGGUAACUACGUUACUGCUUUUGCAUGUCCUCCGUCGGAUACGGCCGGGAAGGUCAUUCUUUGGGACGGGUCUGUGCAGGAUUUUAUUUGGCCGUUGACGGCGGCGGAGCUGAUGCUGGAGCAUCCUCAACAGGUGGUGGUGGAGUUCCACGAGGCGGUGAACCAGAAGAGGCCGGUUCCGUUGCCAGCUGAUCACAAGCUCGACGUGAAAAAGGUUUACGUAAUGCUGCCCGUCAAACGAGGGAAGCCGACAACGCUGUCGUCCGAGGAAGCUCGUCGUGUGCUGUCUAGUGCGAACUCGGUGUUGAGGUCGAAAUCGGUCUCACCGUCCUCCAAGUUUCUCCCUUUGUUCGCUAGGAUAUGCCCUGCGAAUGAUAUUCUAGAGAUGGCACAAAAAUUGCCGUUGCAGAAGAAGGAAAACGGUGGGGAGAAGCAGGAGGAGGUUCAAUGUUUGACGGAGUUUUUGAUGGAAACGGUGGAAGGUAGGCCGGAGUUUUUGAACAGGCAAUAUUCAGGGAAGGGAUGGAAACCAAGCUUGGAUACUAUAAAGGAAAAGAAGGUGGAGAGAAAAGUUAAGGUACCUCAUUGGUUGUUUUAAAUAAUGAAGCUUACUAUAAACAAACAGCUAGCUAGUUCUAGGUUCUGUAAUUUGUCCUUCUGCCAUUGUUGAAUCCAUGGUUGGACAACAUUGUACAAGUAUGUCGAAAUCAUUACAGGGAACAACUUUGUUUGAUCAUUGCAAA